AUGACGGUGACUUCGAGUCUGUCUGGAUACACCUCAUAUCUACCUCCACGUGUAGUGGACGUUCCACGGGAAACUAUCCGGAGCUUCCACCACUCCAAAAAAGUUGGGAACUAUUUAUUAGGCAAGACAAUUGGAGAAGGGUCGUUUGCCAAGGUCAAGGAGGCCCUUCAUGUUCCCACAGGGGAACUGGUAGCCAUAAAAGUGAUUGACAAAAAGAGAGCGAAACAAGACAGUUAUGUGCGGAAGAAUCUUAGACGAGAGGGGAAAAUUUUGCAGCUGGCAAGACAUCCGAACAUCGUACAAUUAUUUGAAAUUAUGGAAACUGAAAAUAGCUACUAUCUUGUAACUGAACUGUGUAAGGGUGGCGAUCUUAUGGAUUAUAUUUGUCAGCGGAAGAAACUGGAAGAGAGGGAAGCGAAAAAGUUUAUUAGACAGAUUGUUUCUGCGAUUGAAUAUCUUCACAGACUUGGAAUAUUGCACAGGGACUUGAAAGUGGAAAAUUUAUUGCUGGAUGAAAAUCGUGAUAUCAAGAUAAUAGAUUUCGGUUUAAGUAAUACUAUUAAGGUUUCCUCUUCUAAAGACUCGGUUCGUGCACAAGAGUAUUUAAACACGCAAUGUGGAAGUCCUGCUUAUGCAGCACCGGAACUUCUUGGGCGUAAAAAGUACGGUCCUCAAGUAGAUGUCUGGAGCAUAGGUGUAAAUAUGUACGCAAUGCUGACGGGGAACUUGCCAUUUACUGUUGAUCCAUUCAAUAUAAAAACCCUUUACAACAAAAUGUUGAGCGGCCAAACGAAUCCUCUCCCCGAGAAUGUAAGCAAAGAAUGCCGUGAACUUUUAAAACGCUUUCUGACCCCUGAGCCUGACAAACGUAUCACUCUGGAGGACACCAUGAAACAUUCUUGGGUGGCAGAAAGUAAGGGAGUUCCUAUGGAACGAGCGCCUUGCCCAAACAAACUACGGAAUGAUGAACUUGAUGACAACAUCAUGAAGCAUAUGACAGAAUCGCAAGGGUUCCGAAUGUCAGAAGUGAUCCGAUUUGUUAUUGGAAACAUCCCUAGUCCAGCUUUAGCGAUGUAUCAUAUCCUACACCGGAAGUUGGUUCGAUAUAUGGCAGACAUGCGUGUUAAAGGGAAAGUGUCUGCAAUGGAUUCACCAAUGUUUGGUCACAAAAAAGUUUCUCUAGUCUUUCAGAAAAUAAAAGCUCACCGGAACUCUGCCGGUGGCGAGGACUCCCAAGCAAGCAACAUACAGAAAUUUGGUGCUGUUAAUUAUAUGUCUAGGAAAAAACACACUCGGGCAGAGAAAAACGACGAUGUGAAAAUAACAGAUAUUGAAAACGACGAUAAUAACAAUGAUCAAAUAAAAGCAUUGGAAAGAGAAGUAUCCGACCCGACACGAGUAGAACAGACAAAGCAGUCCCUGUGUAAGUCUCCUCUGCCUAUAAGGCGCGAGACGACGUAUCUGCCCAUUGUACCCGGCAAAGUGAUAGUGCGAGGUGCUGGUGUUUCGCACGACCUGUCACCUUCCCCAGAUUUCCAUAUAGAGGAAAUAGGCAGUGAAAACUCUGGUACUCCUGACGGUAUAGACUCUCACAGCACCGUCAACAAACGUUCCAAUUACCGACCUCAUAUGAUGCCUCCAAGACGUCAUCUUGGUAGGGUGAAACAAUAUCUAUGGGAGGACCCGUUGCCGUCUGCAGACAGAGGAAACGCCGAGACGGCUGAUGUGUUAGUGCGACGUCUCAUCAAACGGUGCAAUACAGACCUUACUGUAAAUAUAAAGGGCAAUAAACCACGCUUUCAGAGAGCACAAAAUCAUCCGGAUAAUGUCACUCAUCAAAUGUGCAAUGGACAAAAUAAUGUCUAUAUUAGACGGACCGAAGUUAAAAUAGUAAAUAACAAGAAGUUAAUCCACUUAGACUAUUCGCCAUGUGCUGGUAACAAAGACACCAAACAAGUGUUGACACAUGGCGCUACUCACAGGGGUCUGGACAUCCCAAAGCCAAGAACAUCAGCACGUGCAGCAAACCACGUGCAACCUCACUACCAUAAGUCAGGGCAAGCACUACCGCUUUAUAACAGAAGUAAGUCACCCCACGCGGCCUCAAUUGAGAGAAUUACUGCUCUGUCAUCUAGUCCAAAACCUGCAAGUUCGAAAGGAACAUUGAACUCUGAACUUUCGUCACUCCUUAACAGAGAGAACACAGCCCCUUCGUUAGCUCUGCCUAACAUUAUGUCCCCUACAGAGUGCAAGUAGAACCAACAGGUUAAGAAAAGGCUUAUCUCGUGUGUUGUUGACAAUAUUACAAUCGGACGAAUACAACGAGUAUCUACUUAGAUAUAGUACACA